AAACUAAACUUCGUUUGUGCUGUAGAAAAUCACCGAAAUACUUUAUUUGUUUGUUGGUGAUCGUGACGUAUUUCAGGACCAAAGCUUUCAAGAUGGCGAUGCAAGCAGCGAGAAAGGCGAAUGUUCGGUUGCCGCCAGAAGUAAACCGAAUCCUCUACGUCCGAAACCUGCCCUACAAAAUCACCGCUGAGGAAAUGUACGACAUCUUCGGCAAGUACGGCGCCAUCAGACAGAUCAGAAUGGGUAACACACCAGAGACAAAGGGCACAGCGUAUGUUGUUUAUGAAGACAUCUUUGAUGCAAAGAAUGCCUGUGACCAUCUCUCAGGUUUCAAUGUGUGCAACAGAUACCUGGUGGUUCUAUACUACCAACCGAACAGGGCAUUUAAGAAGGUUGACCAGAAGAAAAAGGAAGAGGAACUGUCGAAGCUUAAGGCCAAGUAUGGAGUUGGGGGCGACGCGGCAAGAACAGAGGCAAAAUAGGAUUAGAUCCAGAAGACACUUUUGUACCUGUAGGACUUUUGUACCUGUAGGACCACAGUUUCACAAAAAAUUGUAUCAAGAUGUAAACGUUGUAAUAAAGGACCUUUCAAAUCACAAGAGUUUUGAACCCUCAACAGUCAAAGAAACACAUACUGGUACUUAUUUAUAGAUAUGACUCUUUAAAACUUGUAUGCAUACAUAAAAGUUGUUGUCAACAAUUGCAACCUAUGAAAAAGCCUGGAUCACAUGUGAGCAACCAAAAACGUUACUUGUUUUGAGCUCUGAGAUAAGUUGUUAUUACCAUAUAUAAAGUUGUUAGAAAACUGGUGUAUAUUUUGGUAUUCUUACUAUUUCUUUUUUGCUGUGAAAACUCAAUGUUAUGUGGCAACCAUUCCAGUGUAUUGUGAUGUUCACACAAACAUACAGUGAUAUUCUUUGAUCUACAUAUCUUUCAAUGUCAACUCUGUGAUAAAAGUUGAUCCUCCAAGAUCACAACUAAAACAUGACGCUAUCACAUAUUUUAAGUUUUGAUUUGAAGUACAGUUACAGUAUAGCAGUACACACUAUAGUAAGUUACCAUACCAGCAAAAGUGCUGUAAGUAAAUGAAGAACAAAAGUGUUAGUAUAGUCACAACAUGAAACAAAAUAUGAUCGUGUACAUUGGUUUGUUACAUUCCUUAACUUUAGAAAAAUGGAAGGACACGAACCAAAUACUUAAUAAAUCUUUGGUAGUAUUCUUAGUAGAAAGA